GAGAGAGAGAGACAGAGAGAGAGGGGGCCGCCGCACCCACACAACCCGUGGCACCAACACCAUAUAACUCAGCGUCGCCGUGUGGCACUCUUGACUCUCCCGCGUCCCUCCCUGCCUGCCACUUCUCUCCGCGCUCUGGCUAAACGCAGAGAACACAGAGAGAAAACACUAACUUCCCCACUUCACACACACACGCACACACACACACACUCCACUCUCUCUUUCUCUUCUCUAACUAACACGAUACUGAAGCUAUUCCGAGUCAAAUUCUGAAGUUUUGUAUUCUCUAGCUUCACUCACAUAAGUUUCUAAGUCCUCACGUGUCUUUAAAAGCUUGUGUAUUUCGAGGCUUCUUUCUCUCUCUCUCUUCGUGCGUCUAUUUCUUCCGGUCUCUUCACGUCCCGCCACCGCAGCACUCACGAUGCAGACCUGGGCCAGAAUCUCCACUCUCCUGCUGCUGCUUCUGCCAUUCCUCCUCGUACUGACUCCUGCAGCUGAAGCCCACGGAUCAGUGAAAGUCGGCUGUCUUAACUACGGACACUCCUGCUUGGGAGCUCACGGCAAGCGUGGUUCCUGGCCUCCUAGUGCUCCCCGCUCUCCCCCGGCAGUAGCCCUCCUCGCCCCCUUCCUCCAGAGUCUCGCCGCCCCCCGCGCCGCCGCUCGCUCCUGGCAGGACAAAAUCAUGUCACAGCGCCGCCAGCAGGAGGAGGAGGAGCAGCAGCAGCAGCAGCAACAGCAGCCACAACAGCAGCAGCAGCAGCACGAGGACUUCCCAGCAGUGUAUGAGGACGCGCCCUUCCCCCGCAUCCCCGUCGCCUUGCACCACGCCCUUCCCGCCAACCAAGACGCCCCUGCACUCGAUGACGACGACCUGGCCUACUAUGGCACCUACGAGGAUGACUAUGGCGAUCACCGCGCUAAAAGAAGUGUGAGCGAGAAGACCGAGAAGAAAAAGACGCCACCCACUAAAGCCUCUGUGUCCUGCCUUCUGUUCUCCCGGCGGUGUUGAGUCCAGAAAGUGAAGGGCACAUGCUCCCUUCCUCACUCCCUUCCCUCCCUUUCCUUCUCCCCGUGAGUUCGCCCCGCGCCCCUCAAGUCUGUCCUCUUCAGGAAUAUAUUAUUGGGGACACCGUUUU